UGGCAAAAUCAGAAAAAGGAAAAACAAAAGCGAAAAAUCUACGCCCCCUCGUUCCCACCCACCCAAAAUCCCUCACAACACAGCAGGGAUAAUAUAGCCAAACUCCUUUUAACUUUCUCUCUCUCUCUGUAAAAAAACCCAUUUUCUCUCUCUAAAAAAUACCAACCCAAAACCCCUUCCUUCUCUCUCUUUCUCUCUCUAUAUUCCUGAAAUGGAGUCCCUGGAUUCGGAGCCGUGUUUCGUGGACGAGCUGUUGAACUUCUCGUCGGACAUGGACGAGGAAGACGACAACAAACCAAGGAAAGCCCUAGCCUCCUCGCUCAGGCCCAAUGGGCUUCUGGGCCCGGCCGGCGAUUCCGUACGGCCCUUCCAUGAAUUGGUAGAGGAAGAGCUGGAAUGGAUAUCGAACAAGGACGCUUUCCCGGCAGUGGAGUCAUUCGUGGGCAUUCUCCCCGACAACCCGAGCGGUGCCAUCCUGAAGCACCAUAGCCCGGUAUCGGUGCUCGACGGAGGCAGUGGGGGCAGCAGCACCAUUAGCUGCAACAGCAAUAGUAAUUGCAGCAACAGCAGCAGCAGCAUUGCUACUCUCACGAGCUGCUUCAGCAGCCUGAAGGCGCCGCGGCGGGCGCGCAGCAAGCGACGCUGCAGGCGCCGCGGUGGGGACAUUACUGGCCGGCAACUAUGUUGGAGCCAAGCUAACAAUAAUAACAACAACGAAAGUUUCACUGGCUAUGAGAAAGCGACAAGGAAGACGACGACGAUGACGACGACGAUAAUUGGGAGGAAGUGCCAGCAUUGCGGGGCGGAUAAGACCCCGCAAUGGCGGGCUGGGCCUUACGGGCCUAAAACUCUCUGUAAUGCUUGUGGUGUGAGAUAUAAAUCCGGGAGGCUUGUGUCAGAGUAUCGUCCGGCUAGCAGCCCGACUUUCUCAAGCGAGUUACAUUCAAAUUCGCACCGGAAGAUAUUGGAGAUGAGGAGGACGAAGCAGAUGAUGGGGAUGGUGGUGAAACAUCCUCUGGAGUCUGGAUAAUGUGUGGAGUUCUUUGGUGAGUUAGUGGUUUUUUUUUCUUUUUUUUUUUUUUUUUAAUUUUGUUUCCCAUUUUUUAGCUAGCAUAGUUAGGGUUAGUUAGUGUGUUCUUUGUAAUGGAGGGAUUAGAUGGUUAUUGGUUAGUGCAGUUCUUUGUUAUGAUCAUGGAAAGAAAAUAUAUUAGUAGGUGAGUUUUGACAUUAGUGUGCUUGGUGGUCAUGCUGUCUAGACUAGGAAAAAAAAGUGUUUUUUUUUUUUUUUUUUUCUUUUUUUCAAUUUGGGUUUUAACCAAAUUUACUUCUUUGCUUAAAUUAAAGCUUGAAUUUGGAGAUGAUUGAUUUUGGUGAGUAUUUGGGUUAACGGGU